CGGACUCUAAAUUUGCCCCUCCAGCUUCAGAACAACAUCGAAGGCUUGAGAAUUUGCGCCUCUUCGAAUCAAGAAUCUAGACGGAUAUUCUUUCGCGGAUUUUGUACUUCCAACGAUCUACAAACUCUACAGAUUUUUCAGCACAAACACAAAGCAGAACAACCCCGCCAAAAAUGUCGAAGGUCGCAAACCGCCCGGACUGGGCCGAUGAUGAAGAUCUCGAUGAUUCCGUCGUCGACAACGCGCUUCCAGAGCCCACCAAGGUCACCAAUAAAGACGGCACAAUCACAAAGACCUCGUGGAAGAUCAACGAUGAGGGGAAGAAGGUGAAGCUCACCCAGAGAAUUCGAAUCACAACACACAAGGAAGUAGUCAACCCAAGAGUUGCUGAGCGGAAGUCAUGGUCGAAGUUUGGUCUGUCUGCGAAGGAUGCUCCAGGACCAGCUACAGACACAACCUCAGUUGGAGAGAACAUUAUAUUCAGACCGAGCACGAACUGGCGCAAGGAUGCCAAGGAGGAGAAGACCGAGGCUGGUAGCAUGAAGGACAAAUUGAAAGAUAAGAAGGUCAAAUGUCGUAUCUGUAACGGAGAGCAUUUCACUGCAAGAUGUCCAUUCAAGGAUACUAUGGCACCAGUUGGAGAGGAGGGUUCUGCGGACGUUGCUGCUGGCCCUGCAGAUGUUGCCGACGCUGCCGGUGGACUUGGAACAGGAAAGAGCUCAUACGUACCCCCACAUCUUCGAAAUGGUGCUGCUGGUGGCGGUGAUAGAAUGGGUGGUGGCAAGUUCGAGCGCUCUGAUGAGUCAACGCUGAGAGUCACAAACGUAUCGGAGAUGGCGGAGGAGCAAGAGCUGCGAGACAUGUUCGAGCGUUUCGGUCGUGUCACAAGAGUCUUCCUUGCCAAGGAUCGAGAAACAGGGCUUGCAAAGGGUUUCGCGUUCAUCAGCUUCCAGGAAAGAACAGAUGCUGCAAAGGCUUGCGAGAAAAUGGAUGGUUAUGGAUUCAAGCAUUUGAUCCUGAGGGUGGAAUUUGCAAAGAAAGCUAAUUAGAUACCACAGUAACGAGAGUUGCAGUCUUGUAAUACAAAUGGCAUAUGCAUCCACGAAGCCCACGAAGCAUUUUCCCG